AUGGUAUUGUAUAAUCAUGCUUGGCAUGUAUAUACAAUACGUCAUGUUCUAGUUACUCCAUUGUAUAGUUCGGACGCUACGCAAAGUAAAAGUCAAAGUGCAAUGAGCGAGUCUUCAAUUUUAACUUUUUUUGUAGAUUCCGGAGAUCUUCAAUUCUUUAGUAGGAUGCAAAUUCCAUAG